UAAAUAAAAAAGUAUACAACAUAUAUUUAAUCUAUCCUAUUCCUUCCCUUAUUUUGUUAUCAAAAAGUAGACAAAAUGAGGACCUGCAAAAUCAGCCUUCAAGUUUCCUUAUCAAUCUUCCUUUACACCUUACUCAGCACCCCUUGUUUAUCCUCUAAGUUAUGCAACCCUGACGACAAGGCGGCCCUCUUGCAAUUCAGCCAACAUUACUUUGGCAAUAUUUCUACUUAUUGGAAAUCGGAUGAUGCUGAUGCUGAUGCUGAUGCUGAUUGUUGUAAGGAUUGGGAGGGUGUUAAAUGUGACCGGCACACCAACCGUGUUACAACGCUUUCCCUUUCUAAUGGUCAACUUUCUGGUGAGAUCUCAUCUGCCCUUGGUGACCUCCCUUACCUUAAAACACUUCACAUUAGGAAACAACCUAACAUUACUGGUACUAUUCCUAAUUCUAUUGUCAAACUCCAAAAUCUUAAAUUCCUCCGCUUUGACUGGAAUAACUUAUCCGGUCCGGUUCCCUCGUUUUUGAGUCAAUUAAAGAAACUACAUUUCUUGGACCUGUCUUUUAACAGGUUUUCCGGUUCUAUCCCACCUUCACUUUCUACCCUACCCGAUCUCUACUCCCUACAUUUGGACCGAAACCAACUCACCGGUUCAAUCCCUGACAGUUUUGGGUCUUUUAAAUUAACUAACAUUUCUAUAUACUUAUCACACAACAACUUGUCCGGUUCAAUCCCAACCACGCUAGGAAGCGCACAUAUAAUCGACUUCUCACGUAACAAACUAACCGGUGAUGCGUCCUUUUUGUUUCGAAACAAUAACAUAUCGAGAAUUAAUUUAGCAAGGAACUUGUUGGAGUUCAAUAUGACAAAUGUGGAGUUUGGUUUUGGGUUGAAUAUUAUUAACUUGAACCAUAACAAUAUCUAUGGCAGCAUUCCGCUCUCUUUGGCAACGUUACCCCAAUUGCAAUCAUUAAACGUAAGUUACAACCAUUUGUGCGGUCCAAUUCCUACCGGAGGGGGGUUCGUCAAGCUUGAUCAAUCUUCAUACAUUCACAACCGUUGCCUAUGUGGUGUUCCGAUGCCCCCUUGCAUUUAAUUCUUUUGCAACUUUCAUAAUCUACUUUAAGCAUCAGAUAAUAUUACACGGGCGCCCAAGAAUAUUACUCGUCUUUUUAUUUUAUUUUUAAAUGUAGCAUAACUUUCUAAUGGUUUUGGACUUGAUGCUUCAUUUCUUCAGGGUCCAUCAAACCACCUACAAAGUAUUUCUUAAUAAUUUAUAUGAAAAUUUUAAUUAAUAUUGUAUUCA